AUGGGUAAAGCAACAAUCAUCACCAAGCAUGUCUUGCAAUUGCCAGCAUAUCAGGAUGCGAAAUCUGUAGCAAUCUUUCUGUCAAUGCCGGGGAGAGAAGUGUCAACUCGUGAUAUCGUGCUGCAAGCUUUCGAUGACGGAAAGUCUGUCUUUGUUCCCUAUCUCCAUGCGGGAAAGACUCCGAAGUCGAGGAUCAUGGACAUGCUCCAGCUGCAUGACAAGGAUGACUUUCAUUCUUUGAAACCAGAUGCUUGGGGAAUUCCAUCUAUCCCCAAAGACUCUGUUGGAAGGAGGAGAAAUGCUCUUGGUGGAAUUGGUAUAUCGGAUGCGCCUGAAACAGGUAAAGAUCAUUACCCGAUUCUCGACCUCAUCUUCAUGCCGUCGGUUGCCUUUGACCAGAGUCAUUGUCGUCUCGGCCACGGCAGAGGAUUCUAUGACCGCUAUCUUCAAACAUAUAAGACCGCGCUUGAUUCCAGCACGGCUGGACAGAAGAUGCCACACCUAGUCGGGAUUGCUCUUCGUCAACAGAUGCUGCCGCCCGGCGAGACCAUUCCUGUCAGUGAGCACGACUGGAAGGUUGAUCGGGUGGUCACGCCCGACGACUGA